AUGACUCAACUUCAAGAAUUCCUCACUGCUACAAAAGCCUUUCUUGCACUUAAACCUUCCCUAGAAAACAUCAAAGCUUUUAUGAGUCUGUCUGAUAUGCAAAUUAGGCUCCAGUUCGAUCUUUCUGUUGUCAACAUAAGGAAGCCACGAAACGUUGCAGUUGAUGUAAGUGCUGCUCUCUUUUUGCCGGACGAAUACAAACACCUUAUCUGUGGCGUUACAACAGGCGAUGGAGCAUGCCUAUUCAAUGCAGCAUCAUUAUUCCUAGUGGCGAAUGAAUCAUUAAGCCUAAUACUACGUGCAGCAACUGUCCACGAGCUCUUAUCGUAUCCCGAAUUCUACCUCCGUCUCCCUGUCUUCAUGACAGACUGGCCAUGGUCAAAUGCCGCUUUAAAUGCUAACAAUCAAAAUGACCCAGAUAAUAGUCAAUAUCGAAAAGCAAGUAUCUACAAAAACGAAGUAGCAGAUUUUUGUGCUCCGAAUGCAUACUCACCUUUACUGGCAGUAUAUGGUCUUGCAAGUGCAAUCUCCCGUCCGAUUAAUUCAAUUUAUCCACCAAAUAGUGAAUCCCCAUAUCAUCAGCUAAUCCUUCCACGUCAAGUAAAUCACUUUCAACCACCUAUCAAUAUAAUGUGGGUGAAUAUUGUGAUUACAACACAGGCUGAAUUCACAGCUUGGAUAAAUAGUUCUCUUCCAAUGGCAGGCUUGGCUCCUGUAAAAGAAUUGGAAGUUAAGAUCGAAGCUGGAAAGGAGAUUAGAUAUAAGUCAUUAGAUGAUAUAAAAAUUGUGUUGGAACGAGAUGAAGCAGCAAAUCUUGUCACAACAGAUCAUUGCUGGAAAGACUCAUAUACUUCCCAUUACUGGUUACGUCAAAUUAUCCGACGCAAGGGCCUCUUUCCACAAGUUGCUAUCAGUAUUGACAGAACGCGAGAAUUAGAAAAUAGUUUGAAAAAAUACUUCCACUGUAGUGGGUGCAUUGAUAAACGAACUUCAACUGCUGGUCUAUUCUGCAUUGCAAAACAGGAAUUGAAGGAAAAGACAGAAACAAUCCACUUGCAUAUACAAUCCCUUGAGAAUCGGCGUUGCUGUGUACAUCACACAGGGAUCUGUUAUGGGCAAAUGCGUGGUCUUUCAGCGGCACUAUUAAGAGAAAAAGAUGCAUUACCGCGUCAGUUACGAGCUGAAAGAUUAGAAGCUAUUCCAUUACAGCAAAGACUGACAGGAAACCGCCAAGACGUACCAUCACCACAGGCCGCGCGUAAGCUAAAACAAACAGGUAUUAAUAACAAGAAUGACUAUACAGUAGGGGAGCGAUUUCAUGCAAGCAUUAGUAUUAUCAAUGAGAAUGAAAAACUAAAAUACGCUGAGGAUAAUAGUGAAAAAGCUGAGAAAGACAGAAAGUUACGUGG